GUUUCACUUCACGAUUCCAAUGUUUGUCUAUUGUUUAUGUCAUUUGGGGACUUGUGACUCAUUUCUUAAUGCAAUAAUUAGCAUGCCAUUUGACCAGAGUCAAUGGCCAUUAUGAGAUUAUUUGAUUAUUGAAAUUAUUAACGAGGAACCGUUUGGCCCGGAAAUCCAGUGAAUUUAUCGAAACCCUUUUUCAUUAAUUUGUGCAAUCAGUGACAAGCGAAAGUGUACAAAGUGUUGCAGUAAUUCACGAGUUUACAACUCACUGGAGUUCAGUACACCGUCGAUCCGUAACAGAAUAUUGCCGAACAGUUGGAUAUAUGCAAUCGCGUGUCAUUAACGUGCAUUUCAGACUGACACGUAAAUGCAUAAUUAGAUGUUGGCACUGUGAUUUAAUAAAAUUUCGUCAUUUGUAUUUUCGUAAUUGGCUGGAAUGGAAUUUCCAUUUGACCAUGUAUGGAAUCUCGAUUUGAAUGGACUUCCUUCCCAAACAAAAGAACUGAAAAAGUCUGUCCUUCUGCGAUUCGUAAAAUUUUAUUUUUGCAAACACGAAACUUCCUGCUGUUAAAAGAUUCUGAGAAUUUUCGUUUGAUUAAUCGCGGGGCAUGUCAUAUGCAAAACUUCUUUUUAUCAUAAAAUGAUGGCUAAGGUGGACCACUUUGACGUGCCAUUUUUAUUCGCGAUUCAGGUUUUAUUUUCGGAAGGAUAUAUAAGAACGACAGCGAGGACUCUUUCCGUCACUGAGGUAUCGACUUUGUUCCACAGCUUUGGUGUUCUCAAAAUUCAGGAGAUUAUUUGGUCAAAAUGGCUAGAGUAUUCUCAGUGGUUUUUUUCAUUGCUGUGGUGGCCAGUACAUGUUACGCCCAAGUUCCGUCUUACUUGAAAAUCUGCGGUCGAAGGGACCCAGAUCUCAGUGGCUGCAUAAAGACCAGUGUCGAAUCACUCCGCAAUAAACUCCGCAGCGGCAUAUCCGAACUCCUGAUACCAUCUAUGGAGCCUCUGGACAUUGAUGAAGAUCUGACGAUAGCCAAUUCUCAGGCUUUCAGAGCACACACACGCAACACUAAAGUCUACGGUGUAUCUCAGUUCGCCCUGACCCGAGUCAAUGCAGAUUUAAAGGCCAUGACCUUGGAAAUUGACGUUGCGUUUGAUAAGCUCAAGUUCCAGAGUGAUUACGAUAUCAUGGCCCGCAUUCUCGUGCCAAUUACUGCUGGAGGACCCAUUGAAAUCGACGCAGAGGACAUAACAGCUAAGAUGGUGCUUAAAUUCAAAAAUGUCCAGCAUAAGGGGAAACAUUACCUCUUCUUCACGUCGACGACGUGCAAAUUGACCAUUCGUGAUUACGAGUCACACUUUGUCCCACGACCUGGUCAAGAUCAAACCCUCGCCGAAGCUAUUAACAACGUUUUGAAUUCCAGUAAAGCUGAGGUAAUUGCCAGCAUAAGCACUGGUCUCGAGAAAGGAGUUGCUAAAAAAAUAAUCCACGUGGCGAAUCUCCUGACGAAGAGAUAUAGCUUCGAUGAACUCCUACCUGAUCGUGAGUGAGCACAACGAGGUGGAUGAUUGACUGAUUAUACUGUUUUCCAAAUUACAGACUUAGUGUAGUAGAAAUUAGUAGUCUUUGUUAUUUUCUUGAAUUAUUCAUUCAUGUUGAGGUGAUAAUAAAAAAAUUAACAAACAA